AUGGGUGCUACAAGGGUUCAACAUCGUACAUUCAUCACAAUAGUUGUAAUCUUAUUUAUAUUAUCAACCAUAUCCUUCCUAAAUGUCAAUAGAAAUACACUUGGCAGUACAACAAACACUUCAGCACUUCAGCAUCAACAGCAUCACCAACAACUAUCCAAGGUAAAACUAGCCACAUCGGUUGAAUUAAAUACGGACAACACUAGCACUGAUAAGAAGAGCAUAGCCACCACAACAGCCACUGAGACAGCCACAACUACUACAACAUUACAAAGCGAACCCACGGGUGAAUCAACCAAACAUAAUCAAUUUCACAAAUACUCCUAUUAUGACCCCACUUCAAAUACAUUCAAGGUGGUCUACAAGCAGCAGCAGCAGCAGCAACAACAACAACAACAACAAGAACCAUUGGAAGAAAACCCCGAAAAAACAACCAACAAAUACACCACCAUUAACCAAUAUCAAUCCGUCAUUAUUCUUUCUGCUUUUGGAAAAGAUCAACCAUUUGGAAACAAUCGUCAAUUUAGCGACUUUGCCAAGACUAUAUCAACCAUUGUUGAAAACCAGUCACAUUUACAAUUCAAUUUAGGUUUAUCAACCAAUUAUCUUGCUGAAUUCGAAAGCGUUCAACAAUAUAUUGACAACCAUGAUGUUCAAUUUUUCAAAUACUACAACACCAUAACUUUAGUUUCAGCACCCGAUUUAGAACAAAUGCCAUCAACAAACGAUGAUGAUGGAUUAUCCAGAGAUAAUCGUCAUGACGAUCGAAAACAAAGGUUUAGACGAAGACUAAUUGCUAGGUGUCGUAACUACCUUGUAUCCAAUGCAUUAUCCCAGGAAACAUACACAUUGUUUCUCGAUUCGGACGUUGUUGAGUUUGAAAAUGCACCAACAUUUGUUGAAACUUUAGUUGCAUCGAAGAAGGAUAUUGUUGUCCCAAGAAUAAGACGCGGCGAUAAUUCUGACUAUGAUCGUAACUCAUGGAGAGGCAGUAGAACAAAGCCAACUGAAGAACAAUUAAAAUUAAUGGAUCAAAACAAAUGGGACCAACUUGAUUACGUACCUCGUGAUGUUGAGCUGGAUAUGUUUCAUUUUUAUAAUUUGGAUAACAAAGAUGAAUUGGCCUUGGAGCAACAGCAAUUGAAUUACGUGGUUGAAUUGGACUCUGUUGGUGGUGCUGUCCUUUUUUUCAAAUCGUAUAUUUUCAAACAGGGAGCUAUAUUCCCCACUAGUUAUAUAAUCGGAACUACGUGGGAUCGAGUCGAAGGAUACGAUGGAAUUGAAACUGAAGGUAUUUGCUAUUUGGCCAAACCUUUGGGUUACAGCUGUUGGGGUAUGCCUAAUUUGGUGGCUCAUCACGUGCUUUAG